AACAGGUCUUCGGGCAACGGUUGCAGCAUCCUUUGACUCCUAGUGACUCUCGUCACUAUUGGCGUCGCCCUCCUAGCGACACCCACCCUUACAUCACCCUUCACCGAACCAUGAACGUCAUGUCUCCUCUUUCACACCUUCCAUUCGGCACGAUUUUGUCCACGGCCACAACCACCUUCUCACAUGUCCAUUUUGUAGCAUUCUGUAUCCUUUACUCUACCACGUGUUCUGCUUUUUAUUCACUUCUCCAAUCAUACCCCCUUUCAGGAGGACCGGAGCUAGCCGGUCCAUGUUCAUGCUUUUUAGAUCCAGGUACUAUCCUGGUUGUGGGCUACUUGUUCUUUGUUAAUGAGCCUGCCAAGUUUCGCAAAAAGAAAAAGUGGCAUGAAUAACUGCGGGAAUUUUUGCAUGAGUGGAGUUUAUAUCCUUGGUCGGGGUUUUUUUUUUCAUAUAGAGAUGAUCGGUCCUGCAUGAUUGAUGAGCAUGAUGUGCUAGAGUG